GCGGAAGACAAGAUGGAGGCCGGAGGGGAACCCUUUCCUAAACAAAGGCAAGUCCUGAUUAUCUUUCUUUUACUGGGAGCGGCUCAGGCGGGUCAGGAGCCCCGCCGCUAUUCUGUGCUGGAGGAAACCGAGAGAGGCGCUUUUGUGAUCAACCUGGCCCAGGACCUGGGGCUGGCAGCGCGGGAGCUAGCAGCGCGGGGAGCCCGGGUGGUCUCUGAGGAUAAUGGCCCACACUUGCAGCUUGAUCUGCAAACCGGGCAGUUGCUACUAAAUGAGAAACUGGACCGGGAGGAGCUGUGCGGGCUCACAGAGCCCUGUGUAAUGCACUUCCAAGUGGUACUGAAAAAACCGGUGGAGGUAUUUCCAGUCGAGCUCCUGCUGAGAGACAUAAACGAUCAUUCUCCUGAGUUUCCUGAAAGAGAAAUGACCCUGAAAAUCCGUGAGACCAGCCCUGCUGGGACCGUGUUUCCUCUGACGAAAGCGGAGGACAUGGACGUGGGCAACAACAGCGUCCAAAACUACGCUAUUGGCGCCAACCCCCACUUCCAUGUCUCCACUCGCCACCGGGGAGAUGGCAGGAGAUACCCGGAGCUCGUGCUGGACAAGGAGCUGGACCGUGAGGAGCAGGCGGAGCUCAGCCUAACGCUCGCCGCGCUGGACGGCGGCGUCCCGCCCCGCUCGGGCACCGCGCAGAUCCGCGUCCUGGUGCAGGACGCCAACGACAACGCCCCCGCGUUUGCGCAGCCGCUCUACGAGGCGCAGCUCCCGGAGAACAGCCCGGUGGGCUCGCUGGUUGUCAGGGUCUCCGCUCGGGACUUAGACGCCGGCACGAAUGGGGAGAUUUCCUACUCCCUUAUUUAUAGUUCUCAGGAAAUAAGCAAAACGUUUGCGCUAAGCAGCCUUUCCGGAGAAGUUCGACUCAUCAAAAAGCUGGAUUUUGAGUCAGUGUCUUCCUACGAGCUAGAUAUAGAGGCUACUGAUGGUGGGGGGCUUUCUGGAAAAUGCUCUGUCUCCAUUAAGGUGCUGGAUGUUAACGAUAAUCCUCCAGAACUGACUAUUUCAUCACUUACCAGCCCCAUUCCCGAAAAUUCUCCCGACACGGAAGUAGCUCUGUUUAGGAUUCGAGACCGAGACUCUGGGGAAAAUGGAAGGAUGGUUUGCUCCAUCCAAGACGGUGUUCCAUUUACGCUGAAACCUUCCGUGGAGAAUUUGUACUGGCUGGUAACCGAUGGAGCGCUGGACAGGGAGGCCAGGGCCGAGUACAACAUCACCAUCACCGUGUCCGACCUGGGCACGCCCAGGCUGACGACCCAGCACCACGUCGCGGUGCAGGUGUCCGACGUGAACGACAACGCCCCGGUCUUCAGCCAGGCCGCCUACACCCUGCUGGUGCGCGAGAACAACAGCCCCGGGCUGCUCAUCGGCUCCGUGAGCGCCAGCGACAGGGACGCGGGCGCCAACGCGCAGCUCACCUACUCGCUGCUGCCGCCGCCGCCCCAGCCCCAGCCGCAGCCUCAGCCGCAGCCUCAGCCGCCCCAGCCGCCGCAGCCCGACGUGGCGUCGCUCGUGUCGGUGCACGCGGACAGCGGGCAGCUGUACGCGCUGCGCGCGCUCGACUACGAGGCCCUGCGCGCCUUCGAGUUCGGCGUGCGCGCCGCCGACCGCGGCUCCCCGGCGCUGAGCAGCGAGGCGCGCGUGCGCGUGCAGCUGCUGGACGCCAACGACCACGCGCCGGCCGUGCUGUACCCGCCGGCCAACGGCUCGGCCGCCUGCCCCGAGCUGGUGCCGCGCGCGGCCGACGCGGGCUACCUGGUGAGCAAGGUGGUGGCGGUGGACGGCGACGCGGGCCAGAACGCCUGGCUGUCGUUCGAGCUGCUCAAGGCCACGGAGCCCGGGCUGUUCGGCGUGUGGGCGCACAGCGGCGAGGUGCGCACGGCGCGGCCGCUGAGCGAGCGCGACGCGGCCCGGCAGCGGCUGCUGGUGCUGGUGCGGGACCACGGCGAGCCGCCGCUGUCGGCCAGCGUCACGCUGCACGUGCUGCUGGUGGACGGCUUCUCGCAGCCCUACGUGGCGCUGCCCGACGCGGCGGCGGCGGCCGAGCCGGCGCGGCCCGACUGGCUCACGGUGCAGCUGGUGGUGGCGCUGGCGGCGGUGUCGUCGCUCCUGGUGCUGAGUGUGCUGGCGCUGGUGGCGGCGCGGCUGUGCGGCGGGGGCGGGGGCGGGGGCGGGGUGGGUAGCGGGGCGGGGUGCGCGCUUGGCGGCGGCGGCGUUGGCGGCGGCGCGGGUGCGGAGGGCCGCUUCCCGGGGCCGCUGCUGGACGUGAGCGGCGGCGGGACGCUGUCGCACAGCUACCAGUACGAGGUGCGCCUGACGGGCGACGCUGGGACCGGGGAGUUCAAGUUCAUGAAGCCCAUUAGCCCCAACUUCCCUCCGCAGCUCUCUGGGAGCGACGUGGAGGAACGUCUCAGCAUUCGGAACAGCUUCCCAUUCAGUUAAAUAUUUGAUCAACCUACGAACUCCUGCUGAUAAGUUUGCAAGUCUCUUUGAACUUGAAGUUAGGUGGUAUGAUGCAUGUUGGCACCCUGUGUUACGUGUGUCUGAUGGGGACUCUGAUAUUAGUUUUGUUCAGAUUUUCCAACCCUAGUUUCCCCCAUAUUCCAGGCCAGAACUCAAAAGAAAUCAGAGCAUGUUGGAAACUUCUGGAUCAAUUUAAGCCUCCGAAUGUUAGUGUGUUUCCUUAGCUUUUCACUUUUCUCUCCCUCUUUCCUUUUUUUUUUUUAACCCUACAAUCUUCAACUGUAUUUCUUUUUAUAUUUUCUAAUUUCCCUGGUAAUAUUGUUGUUUUCUUGGUCCCAUUGUCGUUAUUGUAAUCAUUUUCCAAUUAUUGUAUUAGUAGUAACUAAUUUAUAUAAAAAUUGCAUAUUAUUGAACUUUUGGUACUCAUUCUCACAGGAUGACAAUUAACACCCCUGAUAUAAUUGUAAUUUUAAAAGUACAUUUCACACUUUAUGAAACUACAUAAGAAUAUAUGAUUCCUUUUUACCAUAGGUUAUUUUUUAACUUUCGCAAAUGUUUUAGUUUCUAUUAUUUACACUGUCCUGACUGUGUGGUGUAGACCCAGAGUGUAAUCACAUCCACUUUCCAAGCUACCUUUUUGGUUUUUGAAUACGCAGCAGAAUUUAUCAUUUCAAGGUAUUUAAUUCAAAAUCACAAAUCAUUAAACUUUCACUCUUAACAAAUAUGUUAUCCUGUGAAGAUGUAUCUGCAUCAUGUGUUCCCUCUCAUCUAAAUUAAUGUAGAAAGAUUUACGGGUUCUUCCCUAUGUCUUACUCAAGUUAGGGUCCUAGUAAGGCGCUAGACGUGUUUACUGAUACCCCCGGUGAUUGUGUGUAAGGUGUUCCUUUAAGGCCAGUGGCCUUGGGGACCCAGUAAUGCAUUUCCUGCAACUGCCUCUUGCAGUGACACAGACAUUCUCAAGUGUACUCCAAAUUCUGGGCUUGGGGGAGCUUGUGGUGGUGCAGCAUGCCCGAGUCUACUGGCCUUUGAAUAAUGCCACUGUUUUGGUUGGUAAGGAAUUUUUAAAAAUACAUGUUAAAAUUAAUAAUAGUUAACCAAAUGAAAAUGUUUUGAAGGAUAUGUUGGUGAAGGAGUUGAGUGAUUUGGAGAAAUAGUUUUAUCUGUUGUCAGGAAUCCUCUAUUGAGCUCCAGGAGCCUUUCAGCCUUGCAGAUGGGAUAGAAUGGUGUAGUGAGCAAAAUAAUGUCCCUCUAAGGAAAUUGUGAACAUGUUAUAUUAUAUUGCAGGGGGGAAUUAAGA